AUGUCUCAUCACUAUACCACCGGGUUCGGGCGUGAAUCCCGCCGUACUAGCAUCAAUCUUCACCAUUCAUGUCUCCCUCCUCAAGCCAACCACGUGUAUGCCGUAGCCACCGCCCGCAUCUACCAUUCGCAAUUUUCUUCCAAAUCAGACGAUUGGGCGUACUCUGGGUUGAGAGGGUUAUUGGUUUUUGGGCAAGAUAAGGACGCUGGGGGCGAACAUUGGUUCCGCCUCAUAGACGACAUCUCCGAUCGAGUGAUUUGGUUGUUUCGGUUACCCGCUGGGUUUGUGUACGAGCUAGACAAACCGUUUUUCUAUACGUUCUCAGGCUUGAGCCGAAAGUUUGGUUUUCUCUUUGGCGACGACGAGGAAGCUGCAAGAUUCGGUCAGCAGGUUACUCUACGGACGGCUCCACGAUCCCCUCCCGUAUCCCCAAAACCGACGCGCAAAGCCAAGCGAUCACCUUCGUCCAAGAAUGGGCAGUUAUCGCCUGCUAUAGUCGCCAGCCCGAUGGCUAAUACGUUUGCGCAUGUGUCCCACGUUGGCAUGAAUGUGGCUUCCGGGACAAUAGAACACUCCCAAGACCUGUCACCCGAAUGGAGUAGAGUGUUGGCCGACUUCACCAACCACAGGGAGGACACCAGCUAUGAUAGUCAACCAGAAAUGUAUUCCAAGUCUACCACUCACAUUGCCCCGCCAGCACCGAAGCUAGGCAAGAAACCCAGUCUGUCUAUCUGGAGAAUGCGGAGAAUUCGCUCCACGCAACAAGCUGCUUGA